AGGCAGUAAAGAAUGCUGAUGGCAGAACCGUUUCCCUAAUUUUCAGGUUGUCAAGUUGGUUGCCAUAAUGGAUGAUCAGCAAGCUUUGAACUCAAUCAUGCAAGAUUUGGCUGUUCUUCAUAAGGCCAGUCGACCAGCAUUAUCCUUACAGGAAACCAGAAAAACAAAAGCUUCAUCACCAAAAAAGCAGAAUGAUGUCCGAGUCAAAUUUGAACAUAGAGGAGAAAAAAGAAUCCUUCAGUUCCCCAGACCAGUUAAACUGGAAGAUCUGAGGUCUAAAGCUAAAAUUGCCUUUGGACAGUCUAUGGAUCUACAUUAUACCAAUAACGAGUUGGUAAUUCCAUUAACUACCCAAGAUGACUUGGACAAAGCUGUGGAACUUCUGGAUCGUAGUAUUCAUAUGAAGAGCCUCAAGAUAUUACUUGUAAUAAAUGGGAGUACACAGGCUACUAAUUUAGAACCAUUGCCAUCACUAGAAGAUUUGGAUAACACAGUAUUUGGAGCAGAGAGGAAAAAACGGCUUUCUAUAAUAGGUCCCACUAGUAGAGAUAGAAGCUCCCCUCCCCCGGGAUACAUUCCGGAUGAAUUACACCAGGUUGCCCGGAAUGGGUCAUUCACCAGUAUCAACAGUGAAGGAGAGUUCAUUCCAGAGAGCAUGGACCAAAUGUUGGACCCAUUAUCUUUAAGCAGCCCUGAAAAUUCUGGCUCAGGAAGUUGUCCGUCACUUGAUAGUCCUUUGGAUGGAGAGAGCUAUCCAAAAUCACGAAUGCCUAGGGCACAGAGCUACCCCGAUAAUCAUCAGGAAUUUUCAGACUAUGAUAACCCUAUCUUUGAGAAAUUUGGAAAAGGAGGAACAUAUCCAAGAAGGUAUCAUGUUUCAUAUCACCAUCAAGACUAUAAUGAUGGUCGUAAAACUUUUCCGAGAGCUAGAAGAACCCAGGGGACUAGCUUCCGGUCUCCUGUGAGUUUCAGUCCUACUGAUCACUCUUUAAGCACUAGUAGUGGAAGCAGUAUCUUUACCCCAGAGUAUGAUGAUAGUCGAAUAAGAAGAAGGGGAAGUGACAUAGACAAUCCUACUUUGACUGUAAUGGACAUCAGCCCACCCAGCCGCUCACCUCGUGCUCCAACCAACUGGAGAUUGGGCAAACUGCUUGGCCAGGGAGCCUUUGGCAGGGUCUACCUCUGUUAUGAUGUCGAUACAGGAAGAGAAUUGGCUGUUAAGCAAGUUCAGUUUGACCCUGAUAGCCCUGAGACCAGCAAGGAAGUAAAUGCACUUGAGUGUGAAAUUCAGUUGUUGAAAAACUUGCUGCAUGAGCGAAUUGUUCAGUAUUAUGGCUGUUUGAGGGAUCCCCAGGAAAAAACACUUUCCAUAUUUAUGGAAUAUAUGCCAGGGGGUUCAAUUAAGGACCAAUUAAAAGCAUAUGGAGCUCUUACUGAGAAUGUGACUAGGAAAUACACUCGUCAGAUUCUGGAGGGUGUCCAUUAUUUGCACAGUAAUAUGAUUGUUCAUAGAGAUAUCAAAGGUGCAAAUAUCCUGCGAGAUUCAACAGGCAAUGUCAAACUAGGAGAUUUUGGGGCCAGCAAACGGCUUCAAACCAUCUGUCUUUCAGGGACAGGAAUGAAGUCUGUCACAGGCACACCAUACUGGAUGAGCCCUGAAGUAAUUAGUGGAGAAGGCUAUGGCAGAAAAGCAGAUAUCUGGAGUGUUGGCUGUACUGUGGUAGAAAUGCUAACUGAAAAGCCUCCUUGGGCGGAAUUUGAAGCGAUGGCUGCAAUCUUUAAAAUUGCCACUCAGCCAACAAACCCAAAGCUGCCACCUCAUGUCUCAGACUAUACUCGAGAUUUCCUCAAACGGAUCUUUGUAGAGGCCAAACUGAGACCUUCAGCUGAUGAACUCUUAAGGCACAUGUUUGUGCAUUAUCACUAGCAGCCAGUAACCUCUCCUGUGCCUCUACCCAGCUCCCAUCUAUUCAUUCACCUUCUCUCUGACUGCACUUUUCUUUUUUAUGAAAAAGAGAGAUGGGGGAGAAAAGAAGACAAGAGGGAAAGUGUUUCUCUUGAUUCUUGGUUAAAUUUGCUUAAUAAUAAUAGUAACCUAAAUUUUUUAUAUUUAAUCUUUUUUUCCCUUGCAAGAACUUGAAACUUUUUUUUUUUAAUUUUUAUAAUGUACUGAUGUGGUUCAGAGAGAUAAAGCACUUUAGUACAUAGUCACUCUUUUUAGUACAAAUCAUUUGGAAUACCUAAAGAUUGUAGAGUCUUUCCCUGUGUCACUGACAGAAUGGUGGUGAUGGGGAGACACGAAAAACAAGGAGAAGAAAAUGAUGUAUAAUUUGUAGUUUUUAGUGAUAAUAUUUAAAGUAGAUCCUCAUUUGUGGGGUUGAGCCCUAAACUUGAGUUUAGGGUAGGUACUCAACUUAAAGAAUAUAGGUUCCUUCUUAUAUCUGUAUUCUUUAGAUCCUAACCUCUGUCUACCAAGCUUUUUGCUCAGUAGGAAUCUUGAUAGAAAAUAUGAAUCUCUAAGAGGUAUGUUUAUUUGUUAAUCCUAACCAGUAUAAUAAGCAAAUACACUAUAACAGAUCCAUGUUACUGGAAUCUAUAAACCUUGAGGGAUAGCUUUCUGAUUGAAAAAAAAGAGAUCAAGCAGAUAUGGGAGUCGGUGAGCAAAUCUAAAUUAAAAGACAAAAGGAGAUUGCUCUAAUUAAAUGUGUGAGUAGUAGAAGAGACCACAUUUGCCAGACAACAGAAAUAACGAAGAACUAAAUGUUGUUUAAUAUAUUUUAAACUAUGUUCAUUACUUGAGGAAAGUCCCAAAAUUAAGGGAAAGGAGAAAUAAUCAAAAUCACGUAUACCAUAUCUUUCGGUUUCCAGCUCCUGAUUCCCCAUAGACAACAUUCUUUAGGAACUAAGAGUUUAACCCAGAGUGUCCAUGUGUUAAAGCUAGUGUCAUGAGAUAAAACCCUUGUUCUCAGGAUCACAGACUACUAAAGCACCUCAAAAAACAGUUAUGAUGUGAAACAGUGGUUCUCAAGGGCGGGGUGGGGGGGAAAUUUUGCUUGGCAUUUGGCAAUGCCUGGAAACAUUUUUGGUUGUCAAAACUAGGAGGAUGCUAGUGGCAUCAAGUGAGUAGAGGCUAGGCAUACUGCUAAACAAACUACAAUGCACAAGGACAGCAGCCCGCCCCUGCCGCUCCCCCACAAAGAAUUAUCCUGCCCAAAAUGUCAAUAGUGCCGAAGUUGAGAAACCCUUAUGUAAAGACCAGCUCCAGUUAUAAACUGAAAACAGCCAUUUACAAAGCAAGUUCCUUGCAAAAAGUAAAUUUCAGAGAGAAAGUGAUGUAAUGCAUAGUGAGGAUUUUACAAGAGCAGAUACCUCUACUUCAAGUCAAGGGUCAGUGAUCUCAACAAACAGCAAAUAGCAAUCCUGUCCUUACCAGCUGUGUAUUGCACCCAAAUCAGUAUCUUCCAUUUUACAAAUGAAAUGAGUUUAAACACGGAGCCUAUUGAACUCAGCCAUCUGUAUAGAUUCUUUCCUCAAAAGUCAAUUCAUUAUUGUGGGAAAAGAAAAGCAUAUCAAAACAAAGUAUAACAACUUCAUAGGAAGAUUAAAAACUGCCAGGUAUUUCUAGUAUAAUAUAUCCAUUAAGAGCAAGUGGAAGGUGACAGCUGGGAAAGUCCCAGUAUCUCUGAGGGACUUGUGCUACUGAAAAACAUGAAUGAUAUCAGUAAUUUGGCCACUUGCAGUUUUUUUUCAGCAGAUUAAAGCAAGUGCUAAGUACUUUAUUUUUAAAGAUCUAGAAAAUAGUAGUCUUCCUGGAGGCCCUAAAUGUGAUACCUUUCAUGGGAUUCACAAAGGACUCAGGUGUUUUAUUUUCUGCUACAAGUUAUGCUCUUUUAGGGACUCUUUUUUUUUUUUGAAACACUUUGUUUCUGAAGUUAGGUAUUUUACUGUAUCAGGGUCCUAUCUGGCAUUCCCUGUAGGAAUAUUUGAAAUUCCAUUUGCUAGUCUGAGAAGAAGUCAAAGCACAAAUUAGUUGUCAAAGCUUCUCCUAUCCCUUAUACUCAAAGGAAGCAGCUUGUAAGGAAGAAUAUGAAUUAGUGGCCCCCUCCUCCUAGAAAAUCAACUGCCAAAUCUUGUGCUAUAAACAUAGUCCCCAAGGAUGUGGAUCUAUUAUAAUUUCUUUAUCUUUUAUGAGUGAAGGCAUCUCUUCUACUUGAGCAAGAUCAUGGUAUCUGGACCAGUGGGCUUUUCCUUCGUUUCUUUGUCUUGUGUGGUUGUGAUUUCCUUUUGGCUCAUUUUUGGUCUGUCAGGGUAAGCAGCAGUGCAGAAGAUGAGACAGUGCUCUUUAGACAGAAAUCUUGGGAGACUGUGAAGUCCAAAGCAAAAUUAUUUGCUUUUUUCAGUCUCUUAUUUUUCUUUUCUAAAUGCUAUAGAAAAUAAAAUCACCUGAAAAGAAACUACUACUUUAACACUGCUGCAGAAGACUUUGUUUUAUAAGAAAACUAUUAUUAGCUAUGGGAAAGUAUUGUUCUUUAUGUAAAGACUUAAAAAUAGACUAAUAGUUUACAGAAUUAUUAUAUAAAAUGUGAUGUGAAUUUAUUUCAAACAAGUUGUAAAGGUACCAAAAACCACAAUAAAAGUUAAUAUAUAUAAAAACUACUAAACAAAAAAAGCUUGAAGUGGGGUGAGGUAUGGAAGACCAAAAGUACAUUUAAAAAAGAAAAUUUUGAAAGGAAACACCUCUAUCAGGGGCAGUUAAAUAUAACACUCCAGUUUUUUCUUUCUAAUAAUGGUGUGGAUCAACAAAUGAAAUUUGAACUUUUAAAGAUGACUCUAAAUGUAUUUUGUUUUUUAAAUGCAUAACUGAUUCUUCUAUACUGUAAUGUUUCUUUGCUGAGGCUGGAAAAUGGCCAGACUGCUGACUUUGUGCCUUUAAAAUGCAUUCUGCUUUGAUAGUGGCAGACUUUUUUGGUGCUGGAGAAGAUUCACUAGCAGUCUUAGAUGUGCUUUUCAGGAAAUAUCUUUCUCCUUAGGCCUUGAGAGACUCAAAAUGGCAUGACUUAGGCUUGGACCAAAUAUAAGAUCUUUUACAUUGCAAACAAAGUGUAUUGAAUAAAAAGAUUGAAAAAUAUCAUAAUGACUAGUGGAAAUUUUGAUGGUUGGUAAUUCUUUAAAAUGUAUUUAAAAGUAUACAGACUUUGAAAUUUUCAAUAUGACUAUCUUAAAAAUUUUCAAAUUUUCCUCAUUUACAGAACAUGUUUCUAACUUGAAAAAUGGUUAAAGACUAUUCCCUUAGAAAGUUUUCAAAGCACAGUCAACCUUACAUAAUUUAUAUAAGAGAUUGAAAUGCUAAUACACAGGGUGAACUAUAAAAUAAAAAUUAAAACUUAUUUCAGAGUAAGUUGAAUUGGCUUUGACUUGAGAGAGUCUUUAUCUUAUUCCCAAUAGAAACUACAUUAAAAAAGUAAAAUUACUUCUUUAGAGUAGGCUUCUGCUACUUUAGCUCUUAUAUAUGUCAGGUCUAGUGUGUAGUAUUUCUGAGAUGGAGUUGAUAUAAGAUACAUGAAAUCACUAAGAAAAUCAAAUCUGAAUAGUUUAUAGGGACAACCAAGCUUGGGUGCAAAAGCCAAGAUGUUCGCCAGAUGUGAACUCCUUGGCCCCCGGCAAAGUUCUGUGCCAAUGAUUUCAUUUGGCGUCUAGGGACCAAUAGCUUGAUAUAAAAUCACCUGGUGUCAAUCAAGUAUAGGAAUCUAUCAAUUUUUUGUAAAUAGAGUGAAUCUUUUUCAUUUGCUUAUUCAAUAAUUGUGGCUUAUUGUGUCAGGUACUAAAUUAACUUAUCCUUAAGGAGGUCGCAGUCUAGGAGGAAACAUGGGCAAACAGAUAGUUACUUACUUUAUGGUAUACCCUAACUCUGAAAGUUUAGCAAUGAUGUUUUAAAAUGCUAUUAUUUUUUAUGAAGUGAGGGAAAAGCAAUUUUGUAUAUUCAUUGGCUAUUAUAAACUAAAAUGUCAUUAACAACAGGGAUUAAAAGUAUCCCCAAGUUGGAGGGACCCCCAUAGAUCACGCAGCCUCUCUCUCAGGACUCCCUCUUACAAAACCUAGCCUCUGCUCAAACAGUUCCAGUGAUGGGGGGCAUUUAUUACAUAACAUAGUGUUUUUUUCUUGCUAUUUCUUUUAAAGAAAAAAAAAAUUUCUUUUGGUCUAAAUUGUUAAAAUACCCAAAAUAUUUGAUAGAAAUUGAAUUCUGUCAACAGUGUUAUUUAUACUAAGAUCAGGACAAUUUCUUGAGACCUUAUUGUCUUAUAUUAAGUUGGGCCUUUGUUACAAAGGUAAUGUUCAUAUUUAUUUGAAUUUUAAGAUUGGUUAAAUGUUAAUGAAAAGCAAUUGUUAAUUUUUGGUAGUGCCUUUUUCUCUGUAUGCCUUAAUUUUAUUUUAUAUCAAUAAUAAUUCAAGUUAGCCACCAAAAUGAAGGUUUUUCCAAAAUCAGUAGGCUUCAAGAGUUCAUUUGGCCUUAGACUGUGUAUUGCCCCUUAAACAUUUCAUCAUGCCUGCUUCCUCCUCCUUCCCUUUUCUACCUCUUUUUUUUUUUUUUUUUUAUGUUAGAAGAGAAACAUUAGUAUUAGUCUGAGAUAGACACACUGUAGUCUCCACUAGGCAUGAAUUCCUAAGAUAAGGAUAGAAAGAGGUAUUCUAAUUCUAAAGAGACAUAGUAAAUUGUUUUUCAGGUUGAUUACUUGAUUUUCAAUCACAUUGGCACUGUCCAAAUUCUUUGUAUAUCAUGUUAGUUAUGAUUUUCAUAGCAGAGCUAGAAUGGUUGUAUUUGCCCUAAAGAGGUCGUUUAAAUGGUUUACAGAUGUUAAGGCAAUGAGACUUAGGGCAGUGAGCAAGAAAUCCAGGGAUAGCAAAUUCUAAUCCUUACUUUUUAACUAACAUUUUGACUAAAACUCUAGCUUACUUUUCUGUGAAGUGUGUGUGUGUGUAUGUGUGUGUGUUUGCAGUUGGGGCAGGGGUGGGAAGGAAGGAAAGAUAUGAAUGUUCAAUUAGAUUAGUCUUUGUUCUUGGAAGAACAACUCAAAUGUGUAUGACCUACUGAUGAUGGAUGAGUGUAAUCGUCCUCAGGUAGGAAUGCCAGCACAUUUUCCAGAAGUAGCUAGUACAAAUGAUUGUUUAAUAGAGGUAUUUAUUUUAAAUUGCCAAGCUCUUGGUUGCUAAAAGUAGAUUAAAAUUGAAUUUGUGUGUGUGUAUAAUAGUGAGCUUUAUAUAUAAUUCUUAAAUAGAAAGUAAUUGAUUUUGCAUAAUUCUUCAUGAACUCUUUGGAAUAGAAAUUCUGCCAGAUGUUAUCAAAACAAGCUUCCUUAGCUUACCAAGUGUUUGAAAGGAAAUUGUCUUAUACCUCUUUUUGGUUGGCUAGGGAAGGCAUGCUGUGAAGCCACUGUUUCUUCUUUGUAGUCUUCUUUGGCUUUGCUUUGACUUCUGCCACAGUCUGCACAGGAUGCCAAAAUAGGUGUGAGAAGUAUCAGGGCCAACUAUUUUCCGUACUCACCUUUCAGAGCUGUAGAUGGUACUGAGCUCUCAGGGGAGUCCAGAGGCUCUCAGGGGAGUCCAGAGACUCUUGGUGAUAGUGAGAGUGGAUAGUUUAGUUUCAGAAAAUUGAGGGAGAAGUCUUAGCUAUAGUAAAGAGAAGAAUACAUUUUAUCUAUUACCUAUCUCAUGUAAUUCAUAUUUUUCAUAAUUGUGCAUUUUAAUCGACAGUAAUGAUAUUUUUAUUAAUAACAGCCAAGGCAUUAAAUCAGUGAGUACUAUUAUUCCCUAUGACUGAUGACUUCUUGUUUGUAUUCACAGUCUGUAUUAUCAGAAUCACUUUAAAACCAAAGCUUUUAUAUUCCCUGCACACAUAGCCAAAAUGAUUAGCACUGUUGCUUCUGCCCACCUGUAAGCUAACAGUAUAAAAAUGAUAAAGCAGGUACUAGUAGAAUUUCUAUGUCAAUCUAUCCUUCAAGUAAAAGGACAGGUGCUCAGUGUUUGCAUUUAGACGUGCAGAAUUUACUUCAACUCUUACGGAAUCAUAUGGACAUUAUGAACUUGAGCUCGUACGUGUGCCAAUCUUAUUAACGUCACUUGACCAUAGAUGCAUAUACAUACACAUUGACAUAUGAUGCCUCAGGUUGGUGGCAUACUUUCUUUCCAGUGUCUUAACAUUUAUGAACUUGUGUUUGACUUGAGGGGCAUUUCAGGAAAGCUGUGAAGAAAAGUAGGUUAUAGACAGAUGUCUGCUUUGUGCCAUAGAAAUUUUGGAACAUAAAGAAGAGUCUGCUCUCUAGUAUACAUGCAGAAUUUGUCCCAAAUAAGGAUUUCUGAGUCCCUUAAUGCCAGUUGAGAACAGUAAAGUUUAAAGCACUUUUGUGUUCACUUAUUUAUAUUUUUUUAGAAUUUAUUUUUUAAAAGCAUAUGUAAGUAGUGGUGAUUUUAGCAUUAGCAUUACUUGGAGGGGAGAGAUAAGUAACAAAAUUACAUCUUAAACUCUAUUAGAUACUUAGAUGCCAAAAUGGAUUUGACAUAUUCUCAUUUUUCCAGAGACUUUUUUCCACCUGGAAUAAGAAGGGAAGAUUAGUGGAAACAUUUGAGCUGGAAAUGGCUUAUGGGCAAAAGAAAGUGGGCCAAACCCUUGCAAUAUACCCUGUUCAAGUGAAGGGACAGUGUCUAAGGAUAAGAAUACUUCUUUAAAAACAAACAAUUGUUUUUAAUACAAUCUUAAUUAGUAAGUAAAAGGUUUACAUUUUUUCUAUUGCUAUUGGUUUUAAAAUUUGCUACCCUGCAUUCUGAAAUAUUAUAAAAGAGUUAAUACCAAAAAUACUUUUAAUGUCUGACAUCUCUUACAUUUCACAUGGUUUUUUUAAUUCAAAUAUCAUUGUAAAUAAACGCAAACUUGGAUAAAUUUGAGAAUAAACUUUUAAUUGUUGCAAACUAUGAAUAUCAAUUUGUAAAUUUACCCUUUGACCUAAUGUACAUUUUUAAAUGUAGCCAUUAAAUUCUCUAUAUUUAAUCUAUUAGUUUCUCUCUGUAAACGUUUUUAAUCUCAUUUGAAUGCUGGGCAGUUUAUAAUUAUGUACAAAUGUGUUUUUUUCCUAUCAAGGUUGACUUUUUUGCACAUUUUUGGAAAUGUUUAAUUUGUACACUGAUUUACUACUCUGACCAAUAAUUGUUGAUGGGUGUAUGAGCAUCAUGAAUGUGUGCAUUGAACUACUGUCUAUGUCUCUGUGUUUUAACUUCUUUCAAGAUGUAGCCAUCAGUAACUGCACUGCUAUUACUGACUUAAAUGGACCUUCUUGCUUUUACAAAGUAUACUUCUCUAUGGUUCUAUCUUUGUUGAAGAACUCAGGAGUUCAACAUCACUUUCUGAUUUUAUAUGUAUUCUAAAAUCCACGAGUAAGUUGAAAGUAUGCUUGUAACUCUGCGUAUCAGGGGAUGUGUGCAUGGAGAUGUCUUUUUCUGUCUGUAGGCACAUGUAUAUAACCCAGUAAUUUCUUAUUUUCAUUUCAUUUCUACAUUUUUAUGAACUUGUUUUAUAAGGGUACUGUUUAGUUAGAAUAAUUAAAUAUAUAUAAAAGCUUUCUGAGAGAUUAUUUACUAUAUGAAUAUAUUUUCAGCUGGCUGAUCAAAAAUAUUUUUUUAAUUUUGUUUUUAACCAUGCAAAAUGUAUUUGUAUUUCCAGACUUGGAUGCAGAUUUACUUAGAUAUCAAUUAAAAUACUCUUGCAAGAAAGAGCAUUGAAUUCUCUUUUGAGGAUUCUAUGAAAUGCAAAUUAAGAGGAAAAAAUAGGUUUUAAGCAGUAGCAAAAACCCACUAUCCACUAAAACGGCCUUUGAAUUCUCAGAGCUAUGAAAAAAUGUGAGGAACUAAAUUAUCUUUAAGAGAUAUCAAGAUGUUUUAUCUCCAGUUGCUGUUGGCCUAUCGUCCUCUUGUUUUUGAAUAUUUUCUUUAUUCUACCCCAAAGAUUUCAACUUUUAGUUUUUCUCUUACUGGGCAAGGUCAGACUGAAUUUAUAAAACAAUACAUUGACAUAUUGUGAUUCUCUGUAAUUAACUAUAAAUUGGUUUAGAAAUGUCCAAACAGGCAUUGUGUCUUAAUACUGUACUGUGUAUUUUAAGUAACUGGCAGAAAAAGAAUUGGAAAUUAAAUUUCCAAUCUGAUAAUGUUAUUGUACCUUAGGAAAACCUUGUUUUUAAUAUGCGGUACCAUGUAAAAUUACUUGUGUUAGGAAUAAAGUCCACUGUUGAAGUUGAAUGUCACUAAGUUUAUUAUGUUACAAGGAGCCAGUAUGAUUAGAAAAACCUACCAGAAGCCAGAUAUAGUGUGGUAUGUGCCACAUUUCAUACACAUUUUGACUUUGUGUUGUUCAUUCAAAAUUGUGCUUGUAAAAAUGUAUAAAAUUUCUGAGUUUUACGAUUUUUAUGUACUUUUUCUUGCUGGUAAAUAGCUUUUUUUUUUAAUGUGAAAGAAACCAUGUUUAUAUUUUGUUAGUGAUCAAUGACUUUGUUUAUAUGGAAAUUUGUAUAUUGUUGGCACACAUCUUUGUUUAGAUUUAUUGUGCAUGAAGGCCUGCAAUAAUUAGCACAAUGAAAAUUGCUUUUUCUUACAUGUUCAUUUUUUGAAAGAUUGAGGUGCAAAGGCUUACUCUAAGUAACCUUCUGGACUAUGGAAUGAAUAUAAAUGAAUGGCACUUUGAGUGUUAAUAAAGCUGAUAUUUAUUUCCACUGU